AUGCCCGCCCUCUCCCCGGUCACACUCGUCGUCGGCGCAACUGGCAAGCAAGGCUCAGCUGUCGUCCGCGCCCUCCAAGCCCUGCCUCAGCCGCCGCAAAUCCGCGCCCUCUCGCGCAACCCGUUUUCGCCUGCCGCACAGAAGCUCAAGGACCAGGGCAUCGAGGUCGUCAAGGGCGACCUGACCGACCCAUCCAGCCUCGACGAGGCACUCGUCGGCGUCGCUUCCGCCUUCUUCGUCACGACUCUCCCGACGAAAGGCCAGCCGACGGAGGACCAGCAAGGCAAGAACUUCAUCGCCGCCGCUCAACGCGCCUCACUCCCCUUCCUCGUCUUCUCGUCCGUCGCCAAUGCCACUCCCACAAUUGGCGUCCCUCACUUCGAGACCAAGGCGGUCAUCGAGGAGGCGCUCAAGGCGAGCGGCUUGCGGUACGCGGUGGUUGCGCCAGUCGCCUUUGCGGACAAUUACCCGACUGAGGCCGGCUUCGCGCUCACGAUGGCGCUCGGUUUCUUCGACGCCGCGCUCAAGGGCAAGAAGCUCCAGCUCGUCUCGACGGACGACAUUGGCUACGUCGCCGCUGAGAUGCUGAACAAUCCGGCUCGCUUCGCCGGCCGCCACGUCGACCUGGCAAGCGACUCUCUCACGAUGCGCGAAGUCCAGCAGACCUACUCGCGCGUCCUCGGCCGUCGUGUCUCCAAGGCGUGGCUGCCAGGCGCCGUCGUCGCGCUCAUCCCGCACGACUUCAAGCAGAUGAUGCGCUGGUUCCACGACGUCGGCUACUCGGCGGAUAUCGCGGCGUUGAAGCAGGAGUUCCCGAAGCUCAAGUCCUUCGAGCAGUGGUUGCGGGAUCAGCGGAAGCAGUAG